CGCUUGUAUCUUAGGUUCGUCGGGGCGGUGAAUCUAAAUUCCUGGAGUCCUCUGAGUGCAAGGCCAUGGCUCGGAAAAGCACGACAGACCACGACAAUAACCUACUUUACGGAGGAGACCUAGGCUCCGAGGAGAGGCGCAGGGUCACCGUGGCCCCCAGAGAAGAGCGAUUUACCAAGAAAAGUGAUGAAGCCAGGGAGAUGCUUUCCAAUCUGGAUUUGGAACAAGUCCAUUCUAGCAGGGCAGGCCCUACGGUACCCCCAGCCCCUCUCUCUCCUCCAGUGGAGGACCACAAGGGCUAA